GCCAAUAAUGUUGAAUGCAUCAAGUAAUAAAUAUCAUAAUGUUUAUGCAUCUCUUGUAUUUAUGUUACUAUCAUAAAAUAGCUACUAUACUAAUUGUCAUGAAGCUUAAAAGUCAAUUUCUAACAGCUAAAUAAACAUCUUUAACAGUGUAGCAAAUGUGUGAAGUCUUGCAUUCAAAUGGCGAUAAUUACUAGUUAUUAUCACCUUUCAGGCAGUGUGCCAUCACACAAUAGCCACUAUAUAAUACAUAUGUGGUUCACUUGGUCCUGAAAUGGUACACUAAGGAACUGGUUCACUUGUGAAAUGGUUCACUUCGUCCUGCACCCGUAAACGGUUGAUUAUAGAUACAUCUAGGUAAAAUGACAGACUCUAAACCACGCCCCUAUCCAGGUUAUAAUCCAGAAGGGGUGGACAACAGUCCGAGGCAAGUGGCUCGUGUCAAACCGGAAGCUGAGGGUUUUGCAAAUAGAGGUCAUGGUUCACUGGACUUAUUUGCAAGAACUCCAAGAUAUAUUGAUGAUCCACAGCCAGAACCAAGAUGCCCUGGUAAUUCUGCGCGACGGAAUUACGAAGUUGGGCGUCAUGGGACUGUCAAUGCCCUAUUGUAUGGUCAGGCAACUCCACGGGCUGACUACGAACCUGCCCCACGUGUUAAGAGUGAAGCAGAGCCUAUUGCUGAGGCUCAUAAGGGUAGAGCUACCUCGGCUUUACUAAAUUCUUAUGGACAUUUGCCGACAGAUGAUCCCAGUGUACCCAGAGUAAAACCGGAAGCAGAAGACACUGCAGAGCAACAUAAGGGUGGAAGGAUGAACUGUUUAUUGCAUGACCCGAAAAAGCUCCCUAAUUCAGCUCGCCCUGUCCCUAGGGUUAAAACUGAGGCUGCAAUGACAGCCGAUCAAGGUAAAGGAGGACAAAUGAAUAAGACCAUGCACAGUUAUGGUUCUUCAUCAUCUAGACAAACAUAUGCACCGAGGGUGAAACCGGAAGCAUCAGAAAAUGCUGAGAAAGGCAAAGGCUACAUGGGGACCCUGUUUGGAAAGUAUGGCAAGCUCCCCACAGACGUGCAACCGGUCCCAAAAGUCCGCGGGGAGGGAGGGGAGAACAUGAACCUAGACCAAGGCGGUCGAAUGUCACGACUUAUGUAUGAGGGGAGCCGGCUUCCACAGGACCCUAAACCGCCACCAAGGGCAAACACCAAGUCCGCUAAGAAUAUAUUAAAGGCCAGUAGGGGUCAGAUGGCUCAGAUAUUCGCUGAGCAGGGUAAAAGACAAACUGUUGCAAAAGCAGGUGUGCGUUCGUCCUCAGCUUUGGGGGUUUACUAGUUUUUGACUUUAUUUAUAUUUGCAAUACUGAAUUGUGAUCUUUUGUCCGUUUUCUUUUUAAUCAUAGAAAUUAUCAUACAUGUUUUAUAAUACUGUUUAUAUUUUAUCUGCUAUUGAUGUUGGUUAGUACUUAUCGUUUGUUCAUAGAUAGUAAUCUUAUCUUUUUACCCCUGUGGCCUUAAUGUUGUUGCAUUUUAAAGAGUUUUUAAAACAUAGUUUGAUAUAUAACAUUUACUACUGUUGUUUGUUGAAGUAUUGUUAACGGUAAUGAACUUCUAGUCUGGAUAUAUGUAUCCAGUUAGAGCAUCCGAUAUACAAAAAGGAUUUUUGUUGUAUUGUGCCGUUAGGUAUCAUGUCAAACCUCUAUGUCUGGCCCCUAUAUUUUAAAUGAUUUUAAGUGUAAAAAGCUUAAGAUGCUUAUUUCAUUAGGAAAUCUUGAUUUUAAUUAAUAAAAAUUAGUUUAUCAUGUUUUAGUUUAUCAUAAAGAUAAUUUCCUUUUCAAGUAAAAAUUAUACCAAUACAAAAAUAGUCACUUUGAUCUUGCUUGCUAUGAGAGACUUAAGGUGUUCUUUAACAAUGGGGCCUGGUGACCCCAUAUACUUUUGGUAUCAUUUGAAAGGGUAUUUCAUACUGAUAAGUAGUAUGUAAAAUACAUGAACAAAAACAUAUUGAUAAAGUUCUUGCAGUUUGUGUUUUUCCUUGUUUAUUUCAAAUGAAAUCGAACAUGAUUCUGCCUAUUUUGUAUCUUUUAGGGGCCAAAAAACCUUACUUGUGAUAUCUUUCUCAGUAUAUACUAUAUGUUUUACAUACAUGUAUUCAUUCUCUUCAUGGGAUUCCAAGUUCUCUACUCAUUAAACCUUUUAAAAUGACACCAAAAUAAUAAAGGGUCAAAAGGCCUCCCAAAUUAACAUAUUUGUACAUGGGUUUCCUUCAACUCAUCAUAUAUCACUUGCAUUGUGCUGAUAAGCAUGUUGGGCCUUAUACUAGUAGCUGUUAUUUCUAAAUACAUGUAGUAUAUUAGCUGUGAUAAUCUGGGGCCUUUAAAUAUGCCUGUUGCUUUCAAAAUAUUGUAAUACUAUAACAUUUACUGUUGAUACUACAAUAUUUACUCUGUCUCAUAUCAGACUGUACAAUCACUCGUACAUAAAGGUAUAUUUUUGCAUUCUUAUUAGUUUUUGUUUUGUUAGAAUAGUGCAAUAUGAUUCAUAUAUUUGCGGGCAUUUUUUUACAGACAAAAAUGCUUAUUAUAUAAUGUCAUCAUUACCUUAUUAAUAAAUAGUUCUGUAAGUUAAGAAAUACAUGUAUCAACACAAUGUGUAUUAUCAUCUUUUUACAUUUCAAAUAUUUUAUAUGAAUAGCAAUAUUUUUAAACAGUUUUAUUGCAUUUACAUUUGAGGACAUAGACAUCAUUCUGAGAUGAUCCAACAAUUAUGGCAUAUUGUUUGUGACAUAUUUUUUUUAGAUGUGAUAAAUCCUGCGAGUUUUUGUUGCUGGUUUUCACACAUCUUUUGUUUAUAAUAAUGCUCAGUAUUUCAGAACAAAUGUACUGUAAAAGAGAUUGUUUACCCCCAAAACGAUAUAUUAUUUAGAUAAAAGAGUUAUAAUUUAUUGUAAUGUACGUGCGAGAAAUAAUAAAUGUAAUAAAAUGA